AUGCCCACGCCGCUGCAGCCCGGCGGCCCCGCUAGCGGCCCGCCUCCGGAGCGCAAGCGGCGCCGCAAGCGCGACGACCCGCAGAGUUCAGCCGCGCUCGAGCCCGACGACGACGACGGCGACAUGAGCCCCGAAGAGGAACCGCGCAAUGUACCCGCGGCACCGGCGGCACCAACGCCGGCCCCCUCCUCCGCUCCUGCACCCACCUCACCUCCCGCAGCACCGGAUGCCGUCGAUCUAACCUCACGUCGAGAUUCUCCGCCGCUCUCCUCCGAUGUUGAAAGGUUCGACGGUAAAAUCGUCUACAACCCCGAUGGAUCUGCUUACAUCAUCGAGGAUCCUGAGCUAUCUGAGGGCGAGACAAGUAUACCAGACUUGCCCAAAAUAGAGCCCGGGUGCAUUGUCGACAGCCGAGAUAGCAAUAUUGUUGAAAAGCAACUCGAGUUUCCUCAAAUUGCAAGCGCAUUCUACGUAUCAAGAAAUCCGUCUUUAUACGGCGCACUAUAUGGAAGACUGGCAGCCGAAAGAGCUCGGGCGAGACCCGAUGCACCUGUGAUGCAUAGUUAUCGAGUGUUUAGUUUUCGUGGAGGAAAAGAUGCACCGAGACCGCCAUCCCCGCCCGCUGAAUGUCCUGUCAGCGUACCUGUCAAACCGAUCCUUAUGUGUUUUAUAUGUAAAUUGAGUUUUGGCUAUGCUAAAUCUUUUGUGGCACAUGCGCAAUCGGACCAUAGUUUAUCGUUACUUGAUUCUGAGAGAGACGCUUUAUCAAGAGAGAAUGCUUCUGCAAUUAUUCAAUGUGUGGGAAAGGAUAAAGAACCACUAGUCUCAUUUUUAGAACCUGUAGGUGCAGCAGCACCGCCAAGGGUUUCCGCAUCAGGGAGUCCUACCAACGUAUCAGAAUUGUCAAGUCCAUCUAUAGACAAACGACCGGACAUGAUGAUGACUCCAGAUAGAGAUAACGACUCGAUGUUGCCUAAUGGUACUUGUGACGAUAGAAGACCGAGUCCAACAACGUGGAGACCACCUAGGUCAAUUGCCGAGUCUUUAGUUCCACAACAUUCCUUGAUCUCCGUGGCUCAUCCACAUACAAUAAAUGCGUCUGUUCAACAGCGUGUAAGUCCGAAUUCUUCCCCACCAUUUCAAGCAACACCACCAGCUUUCCUUUCUGGAACUACGAUAGGUGUAUGCCCUGAUCAUUUAGGUGGAAGACCAUCUGGUGCCGACUGCCCUAAAUGUGAACUGAUUUUAAAUUCAGGAAGAUUAGGAGGACCGUUAGCUGGCAUGCACAGUAGAAAUUCCUGUAAGACACUUAAAUGUCCCAAAUGCAAUUGGCAUUACAAAUACCAAGAAACCUUAGAGAUACAUAUGAAAGAAAAGCACCCAGAAGCCGAGACCAGUUGUAUUUAUUGUAUAGCUGGCCAGCCACAUCCAAGGCUUGCUCGUGGUGAAACUUAUACCUGUGGAUACAAACCCUAUAGAUGUGAAGUAUGUAAUUACUCCACAACUACAAAAGGGAACCUCAGCAUUCAUAUGCAGUCCGAUAAGCAUUUAAAUAACAUGCAAGAAUUACAAAAUGGUGGCAAUCCUGGAGAAGGUAGUUUACCUCCAGCCCCUCAACACACUCCUCCGGGUGUUCAUAAACCACCACUUCCACACCACUCGCCUUUGGGGCAAAAGCCAAAGCCUACAUUCCGUUGUGACGUUUGCAAUUAUGAGACAAAUGUAGCACGAAAUCUUAGAAUACACAUGACAUCCGAAAAGCAUACCCAUAAUAUGCUUGUAUUACAACAAAAUGUGAAACAUAUGCAAACUUUAUCUGCUUUACAUCACAGACAACAAAGUCAACAGCAACUAGAGAGUUUACUACAUUUUCACAGCAAUGACGCUCCUCCUCCAAAUCCAGAAGCUGCAUUAGCAGACAUGGCUUAUAAUCAAGCUCUUAUGAUUCAACUUAUGACCGGAGGACCUGGACCUUCUCCUCCUGAAUUAGGUGCCCAUCUAGAUGUCGGUUUAAACCCUGAAGCCAUGGAACCACCACCAGAACCUGCAGACCCUGAACCAGAAAGGACAUUUCAUUGUUGUAUAUGUAACUGUUUCUCUACAGAUUCAUUAGAAGCACUUGGCCAUCAUUUAGCCCAAGAUCGUACAAAAAUAAGAGAGCAAGAGAUCUUGGCACUCGUUGCUGGCCAUUACGUAUGCAAAUUAUGCACUUAUAAAACGAACUUGAAAGCCAAUUUCCAGUUGCAUUGUAAAACUGAUAAGCACUUACAGAGAUUACAGCACGUGAACCACGUGAAAGAAGGUGGACCGAGAAAUGAAUGGAAACUCAAGUUUUGUGGUGGAGUUGGAACUGGAGGUGCUGGUGUUGGAGGAGUCCAAGUGAGAUGUUGCGCUUGUGAUUACUAUACAAACUCAGCACACAAAUUACAACUACAUGCGGCUGGAGCGAGGCAUGAAGCCGCUGCUCUUCUCCUGAGACAUCUUCGAGAGUGUGCCUCCAGGAUUCCUCGCGAACGACCGAGGGUAUAUCGUUGUGCACUAUGUGGCUUUGGUGCUCCUCAUCGACUGCCACUUUUACAACAUGUUCGUUCUGUAAAACAUCUACAGAUGGAACAAAUUCACCAACUCCAAAGACGUUCUGAAGGAAAAGACCCAACGCCUGAUGUCGCCGAACUCUUCCAGGUCAUCCCACAACCAACGGAUUUACAAAGUCCGUUUGAACAACAAGAAAACGAUAAUAAAGAACAAAUAGAUCAGAAACCUGAAUUGACACCAGAACAGAAAAUGUUGAGAUUUUUAGAGCAACAACAACAACAACAGCAGCAGCAGCAACAACAGCCGCCACCACAACAAUCUCAACAACAAAGUCAACAAAGCUCGAAUGAAAGAGACGAAGAGCGCGAAACGCCAGGACCACACGCAUGUCCUUACUGCAACUUUAGUUGCAGUAGUGAGGCUCGUUUACAUGCCCACGUAACUUCCAUACAUAGCGAUACAGCUCGACAUUUCAUCUGCCCGCUUUGUCAAGAUGCAUUUAAGGAACGAACGGCCCUUGAACGACAUGUAAUGCAAAUACAUUCAGUAAACUCGGAGGGUUUGCAACGACUAUUAUUACUUGUCGAUCAAAGUCACUGGCUAAACGGUGGAACUCAACCACAAAGAGAUGACACAAGACAAGGGGAUGAAGAUCGUGAGAUUUCAUCGCCGCGUUCUGAAGGCAGUGCAGAUGGUGAAACUGAGCGAUGCUUAGCAUGUAAUCGUACUUUUCGUAAUGUUGAUGAAUUAUGUCACCACCAAAAUGAAUCCGGCCAUCUAGAAUUGAAACAAACACCUCAGGGUCCUGGAUACGUAUGCUGGAAAAAAGGGUGCAAUCGGUAUUUUGACACUGCUCAUGCGCUUCAAAAUCACUUUAGGGAAGCACAUGCUCGUAACUCCAUCGCAAACAUGUCAGUAUCGGAGAAACAUGUAUACAAGUACCGUUGUAAUCAAUGUAGUUUAGCUUUCAAAACUAUAGAAAAGUUACAACUGCAUUCACAAUACCAUGUAAUACGCGACGCUACGAAAUGUGUACUAUGUGGAAGAAGCUUUAGGUCUGUACUUGCUCUACAGAAGCACGUAGAAACCUCGCAUUCUGAACUAUCUGAAGAAGAACUUAAUGCUUUUAAACGUAGCUUGGCAUCAAAUCCUUUGUUACAAUCUAACCAAGGUACAGCUUUGGAUGCUGCAACUGCAGAGCUGUUACGAAAAGAAGCUUUAAGAACUCCAGAUGAUGAAUUAGCUGAUUUAGAGGACAGAGAUUCCAGUGCUACAGUUGCUGAUGAAUCUGGACACAAUGAUGCUGAAAAUUCAGACGAUUCAAUUAUAUACAAAGAUCAACAAUUUUUAGAGGACUAUUUGAAUUCGCAAGCUAUGGCUGAAGAUUCUUAUAAUGACCCUAAUCGAAAAUACAAAUGCCACCGAUGUAAAGUGGCUUUUACCCGCCAAUCAUAUCUAACAGCGCAUAAUAAAACACUUUUACAUAGAAAAGGCGAAAAACUCACAUACCCAAUGGAGAAAUAUCUUGACCCUAAUAGACCAUUCAAAUGUGACGUAUGUAAAGAAUCUUUUACACAGAAGAAUAUCUUAUUGGUCCAUUAUAACAGUGUUAGUCAUUUACACAAAUUGAAGCGGGCUAUGCAAGAACAACAGAAUAAUAACAACCCUCCGGUAUCGCCUGGAGCAGGGUCCGCGCCCUCUAACUUAACUCUCACACCCAAGAGUACUUCAAGCGAAGAAGAUGAUCGAAAACGAUACAAAUGCAAUAUUUGCAAAGUAGCUUAUACACAAGGUAGCACGCUUGACAUACACAUGCGGUCUGUAUUACAUCAAACACGAGCCGGCAAGUUACAGGAGCUCGCCGCUGCCGGACACGUGGAUUUGACACGGCCUUUAGUAGAGCAACCAGACAGAAACGACCCCGCCAAAAUUUUACAAGACGUAUUGUCGCCGAAAAAUACAUCCCCUUCGUCUACUAGCAGUGGGGGCCCGCGUUCCUCACCCCCCGCGCGGCCAGGUAGCCCACGUUCCCCGCGCGCAGGUAGCGCCUCGUGCGAACGCUGCCACGCGUCAUUUCCUACUGGGGAGCUACUCGACGCACAUCGCGCGACCUUAUGCCCGUUUGGCGAUGCGCGGGCGCACUCGCCGCUAGGUGACGCAGAAGCAGCUGCGCUUGACGAGAUGGUCGCCAAGGGCAACCCGCCCAAACGUAACUCGCAAAUGUAUAAACAAUUAUUAGAAACUUUUGGCUUCGAUCUCGUCAUGCAAUAUAAUGAGAAUCAGCGGCGAAAAUUGCAAGAAGAACGGGAAAUGGCGCGGGCGCCGAGUCCACCUCCGCCACCGCCUGAAGAGAAACCCCCGGAUGGUGAAACGAAAUCUACAUGUCAACAUUGUAAUAAGGAGUUUUCUAGUGUGUUCGUGUUAAAGACUCAUUGUGAGGAAGUGCAUAAAGAUAAAGUUCCCUUGGAGUUUUUAGAGCAGUUCGCUGAACAAUUCAAAUCAGAGUAUGAAAGGAAAUCAGGCGCACCAAACUCGCCGCGUGCAGCAUCACCAGCACCACAGGACGAAAGAUCGUCAUCGCCACGUGGCGAUGGCGCUGGAAACUUCAAUGAGAACGGAAAUGCAUCUGGUGAGGCUCAAGCUGGUGCUAUAUUGGCAGCUCAGGUACAGGAGAUGCAGGCAGCAUUGAAUAUGUUGCAACUGCAGCAGCAAUUGGGCCAACUUCAUCCAAUGGUAGCCCAAAUGCUAUCUCUGGGAUUGCCGCUGGGACUGAAUGUGGGUGCACUAGCGGCGAUGAAUCUUCAGCCGCCACUGGUGCCUCUCAUGCUGCCUCCACCGCCCUUCGACGCGAUGCCCUUCGCUCAUGAUGCACAGAUGAAACAACAACAGCUCUUGCAGCAGCAACAACAGGCAAAUGCAGCGGGACAGAAGAGAGCUCGCACGCGUAUUACAGAUGAGCAAUUGAAGAUUUUGCGAGCACAUUUUGAUAUUAAUAACUCACCAAGUGAUGAGGCAAUCGCAAAAAUGGCCAAACAAUCCGGCCUCGCAACUAAGGUAAUUAAACAUUGGUUCCGAAAUACAUUGUUUAAGGAAAGGCAACGGAACAAAGACUCUCCAUACAAUUUCAACAACCCUCCAUCUACUACUCUCAAUCUUGAGGAAUACGAAAAGACUGGUGAGGCAAAAGUUACACCAUUAGAUUCAUCUGCAAGUUCUGAUGAAGGAAAACCACCACCGGAGAAGAAAACAAAAAUAGAAGAUGUGUCUUCUAUGAAUCAACAAGAAGUAAAGUCUGAGCCAAAUGACGAACCAACAAUGGAGGAGAAGUAUAACUCAUAUGAUGAUAGACAUCAGGAGGAUAAAAGCUUUAUUUUUCCUCAAAUUCCCUCUCAAAGUCCAGCCCCGAACUUAAGUUCAGAUCAUCAUCAUAAUAUAUCUCGACCACAGACGCCGACACAUUUGUCUCUAAACUCACUAAUUCAGUCACAGUUGGACUCAAUACCAGCUACGAGCAUACCGCAACCACCUCAUCCGUCAAUGCUCCCACCAAAGUUAAAUCCUAAUUUCACGUCCCCAAACUCCGCGCCCCCGAACGUCCUACCUUUGACCCCAAAUCGCAGCCUCAGUCCUGGCAGGGGACCGGCCGAUUUCGGACUUUCCGGGGGCAACUCGAACGGAUCCAACAGCUCGGGGUCUUCUGGCAAACGCGCCAACAGAACUAGGUUCACUGAUUAUCAAAUAAAAGUUUUACAAGAGUUUUUUGAGAACAACGCAUAUCCAAAAGAUGACGACCUAGAAUAUCUUUCAAAACUAUUAGGGCUAAGCCCUAGAGUGAUAGUUGUAUGGUUUCAAAAUGCUAGACAGAAGGCGAGAAAGGUAUAUGAAAACCAACCAGCUGCUGAACCGCCUGCAGGUGCAACGGAUGACGCGAAUAGAUUUCAACGCACCCCAGGUCUUAAUUACCAAUGUAAAAAGUGCCAAUUAGUGUUCCAACGAUAUUAUGAGUUAAUAAGACAUCAAAAAACACAUUGUUUUAAAGAGGAAGAUGCCAAACGAUCUGCUCAGGCGCAAGCUGCUGCUGCACAAGUAGCAGCUACAUUAAGCAGUGAAGAUUCAAACUCAAGCACUGUUGAGCAUCAUACACCUCAUGUGCCAGUUUCUCCUGCGCCGCCUCGAACACCAACUCCGGCUGCACCAAACUACCCAGUAUCACCAGCACCACCAACACCUCAUACCCCUGUUACGCCUCUCGCUCAUACACCCCGUGAAGAGAAAGAUGGAAAUUUUCAAUGUGAUAAGUGCAACCUAGUCUUCCCUCGAUUUGAUUUAUGGCGAGAACAUCAAUUGGUUCAUAUAAUGAAUCCAAAUUUAUUUCCAACUUAUCCACCUGAUUCCCCUUUUGGCAUACUGCAACAACAUGCUCAACUACAACAACUUAAUGCCACUUUGGGAAGCGAUGAGGGGAGACACCCUUUAGUUGCAGCAUUAAAUCAACAAGUAGCUAAGAGAAAAUUUGACGAAUUCGAAGAGGUGGAUACUGGAGAGCAGCCUAAGGAUAAACGCUUAAGGACUACAAUUUUGCCUGAACAAUUGGACUAUCUCUACCAAAAAUACCAAAUCGAAUCAAACCCUUCCCGUAAGAUGCUUGAAAAUAUCGCACGAGAGGUAGGGCUUAAAAAAAGAGUGGUACAAGUAUGGUUUCAAAAUACACGAGCACGUGAGAGAAAAGGACAGUUUCGUGCACAUGCACAAGUGAUUAAUAAACGGUGUCCAUUUUGUCCAGCUUUGUUCAAAGUAAAAAGUGCACUUGAGAGUCACUUAAGUACAAAACAUGCAGAUCAAUGUGCAAGAGGUGAAAUUAAUGUAGAUGCUCUACCGGAUGAGGAGUUAAGCACGGAGUCUACACCUAGUUUUGGCUCACAACAAAGUGACAGGCAGCAAAAUUUUUCGCAAGCGGGGGCUCCCAUGUUGCCCCCUAUUUUCCCGCCUUUUCACUCAGACAUGGAGAAAUUUAUCAAACAGUAUAGUGAAGAGUCAAUGAAACGGUAUGUCAGUGAGUUACAAGCACAUGCCGCCGCCCAACAAAAUGGUGGCAGCAAUGAUACGAAUGAAACCUCAAGACAUGGUAAAUCGGAAAUACCUUUAGAUCUCAGCAAACCUGUUGACCUAUCACGACCGGGCUCAGACGCCGACGAGAGAUCAGACACUGCAUCAGAGACGAUGGAAUUCUAUGAAGAAGACGAACCAACAUCUCCGCUGCCCGGCCAGCAAACACCGAGGCCACCGGGCAAACGCUUUCGUACUCAGAUGUCGUCACUACAAGUUAAAAUCAUGAAAUCUUUGUUUGGUGAUUACAAAACACCAACAAUGGCCGAGUGCGAGGCGCUCGGUCGCGAAAUCGGACUUCCCAAGCGAGUAGUGCAAGUUUGGUUCCAAAAUGCACGUGCCAAAGAAAAGAAGGCGCGACUGGCAGCCGGACUUUCGGAAGUGUCAGACGCAGCACCCCCCGAGGAGUGCCGAGUGUGUGAUUUCAAAUAUAGCCACAAGUACUCAGUGCAAGACCAUGUGUUUACUCGCGGGCACAUAGCCGCAGUGCGCGCCCGGCUGGAGAGCGGCGUGGUUGCGGGUGAUGACAGCACGCUCGCACUGAUGCAGAUGGCGGCGCGACUCGAGAGUGGCAUCGGCAGCGAACUACACAGCGCUUUUUUGAGGCCACAGCUCGCCGGCAACGGUGGUAAUCCCAACGCACUGCAACCACAGCCACAAGGUCUCAUAGUAGAGACAGGCAAUGGCGCCAGUGUCUUACAACUACCAGCAACAACUCUGGAACAAAUUCGGCACAUCGCUGCUGACCCUGGCGCUUCAACUCUACGCUUACCACCGCCAGCUACUGAACCGCCUGUUGGCGCCCGCGAGCUCGACUUCGAUUUAUGCUACGUCUGCAAGCACUGUAAAGUAGCAUUCCCUUCACCGACCCCGCUACAGGCGCAUCAGGCCCGCUCCUGCUAUGCGGGCCGGGAGGCAGCACGAGGCGUCAUACGUGUCGUCCAACCGGCGCUCGAGUGCCGUUCAUGUCCUGGCGAACGAUUUCGCACAGCCGUCGAAUUUCGUCGCCACGCGGACACGGAGGCUCACCUCCGAAACGCCGUGCCACCACCACCUAUUUCGACGCAGCCAGAACCUCUCACUCACGAGAUGGAAGACGUCGUCAACCAAAUAACGUUGCUGGCCGCUCGCGCUGCGCAGGACGCUGCUUCACCAAAGGACCCGAACGCCAACUUCUGUGCACCCGGGCCCCGCUUUCCACCACCGGGCGAGCUACCCCUCGCCAGCGCCGGCCACUAAUCCUACACAGACGAAAUGUAUAGUUACUACUAUUAGAGCCCCUCGCUCUCUCCGUUGUCCGACAACGCAGCAGUUCACUAUUAGCUCUUAAUGCUUCUUUUCGUUGAUGAAUGUAGCCGCAGAAGCGGUACUUUCCUAGUUAUACAUUUAAAGCUUGUAGUCGUUUAAGUAUAGGUUAAUUGGGAGUCGACCGUUGUUGUCCCGUUUUUAUAAUAAUCUCGUAGAAGCCGCGGCGCCCGCGCCCUGCGCUAGUUCCUGAAGGUAUUCGUAGUCGAGUCCGUGUUC